CUCGUUUCACUUAUUAACGAUCAGUUUCGAUGAACUUAUUUUCUCAUUCUUUGAUCGCAAUAUCAUCAUUGGAAUUGCAGAAAGAAAGGAAGAAUAGAAUAUGAGUUGGUGGUGGGCAGGAGCGAUCGGCGCUGUUAAGAGGAAGUACGAUGACGACGAUGGUCGUCCAAAGGGAAUUUACGAGAGUGUGGGGUUGGUCAUUGGCGUCACCGGCAUCGUCGGCAACAGCCUGGCCGAGAUUCUCCCUCUCCCUGACACCCCUGGCGGUCCCUGGAAGGUCUACGGCGUAGCCCGACGCCCACGCCCAUCCUGGAACGCCGAUCACCCCAUCGAGUACAUCCAAUGCGACGUCUCCAAUGCAGAGGAAACCAUCGCCAAGCUCUCCCCUCUCACCAACGUAACCCACAUCUUCUACGUCUCCUGGGUCGAUCGAGGCACCGAGACAGCCAACUGCGAGAUCAACGGCGCUAUGUUUCGCAACGUUCUCCGAGCGGUGAUCCCCAAUGCCCCCAAUCUCCAACACAUCUCCCUCCAGACGGGGACCAAGCACUACUUGGGCUCCUUUGAAGACUUGAAGUCCGGCGCCGCCCGCCCUCAUGAUCCUCCCUUCCACGAGGAUCUCCCUCGGCUUCCCACCACCAACUUCUACUACACCCAGGAGGACAUUCUCUUCGAAGAGGUCGAGAAGAAGGACAACUUGACGUGGUCGGUUCUCCGCCCCUGUGUCAUCUUCGGCUUCUCACCCUUCAGCUUGAUGAACGUUGUCGGCACACUCUGCGUCUACGCCGCCAUCUGUAAGCACGAGGGUAAGCCCUUGAGGUUCCCUGGAAGUCGAGGCGCUUGGAACAAUUUCUUGGAUGUUUCCGAUGCUGAUCUCAUCGCGGAGCAGCACAUUUGGGUGUCUGUGGAUCCCUACGCCAAGAACGAAGCCUUCAAUUGCGUAAACGGGGAUAUGUUCAAGUGGAAGCACCUGUGGAAAGUGUUGGCAGAGCAAUUUGGAUUGGAUUGCCCCGAGUAUGAAAAGGGUGUUCCCAGCUUGGCGGAGAUGAUGAAGGACAAGGGAGCCGUGUGGGACGAUAUCGUAAGGGAAAACGAGCUUUUACCCACUAAACUGGAGGAAUUAGGCCUUUGGUGGUUCGCAGACUUUGCUCUUGGGAAAGAUUCGGUGUUGAACUCCAUGAACAAGAGUAAAGAGCAUGGCUUCUUGGGUUUCGGGAAUACAAUUAACUCAUUUAUUUCAUGGAUAGACAAGAUGAAGGCAUUCAAGCUGGUUCCUUAUUACGGGCAGCAAGAACAUUCCUAUUACCAGGACCCUGGACCCUGGUCCCUGGUCCCUGGAAGCAGCCAAGUCCGAGUCCGUCCAGAUCACAUUCUGUGGUUAUUAAAACAGAGGAGGUCCAAUGACGAUGAAGGUAGUCCAAAGGGACUUUACGAGAGCGUGGGGUUGGUCAUCGGCAUCACCGGUAUCGUCGGCAACAGUCUGGCCGAGAUUCUCCCCCUCACCGACACCCCUGGCGGUCCCUGGAAGGUCUACGGCGUAGCCCGUCGCCCCCGCCCUUCCUGGAAUGCCGACUACCCCAUCGAAUACAUCCAAUGCGACGUCUCCAAUGCAGAGGAAACCAUCGCCAAGCUCUCCCCUCUCACCGAUGUUACCCACAUCUUCUACGUCUCCUGGGUCGACCGGGGCACCGAGACAGCCAACUGCGAGAUCAACGGCGCUAUGUUUCGCAACGUUCUCCGAGCGGUGAUCCCCAAUGCUCCCAAUCUCCAACACAUCUCCCUCCAGACAGGGACCAAACACUACUUGGGCUCCUUCGAGGACUUCAAGUCCGGCGCCGCCCGCCCUCACGAGCCUCCCUUCCACGAGGAUCUCCCUCGACUUCCCACCACCAACUUCUACCACAUCCAGGAGGACAUUCUCUUCGAAGAGGUCGAGAAGAAGGACAAGUUGACGUGGUCCGUUCUCCGCCCUAGUGUCAUCUUCGGCUUCUCACCCUUCAGCCUAAUGAACCUUGUCGGCACCCUCUGCGUGUACGCGGCCAUCUGUAAGCAUGAAGGUUUACCCCUGAAGUUCCCGGGAACUCGAGCCUCUUGGAACUGUUUCAUGGAUGCUUCCGACGCUGAUCUCAUCGCGGAGCAGCAUAUUUGGGCGUCCUUGGAUCCCAACGCCAAGAACGAAGCCUUCAAUUGCGUAAACGGAGAUGUGUUCAAGUGGAAGGACCUGUGGAAAGUGUUGGCGGAGCAAUUCGGGUUGGAAUGCCCAGAAUAUGAAGAGGGUGUUCCGAGCAUGGCGGAGAUGAUGAAGGACAUGGGACCCGUGUGGGACAAGAUGGUGAGGGAGAAGGAGUUGUUGCCCACUAAACUGGAGGAAGUUGGUGUCUGGUGGAUCACGAAUUUUUCUUUUGGGGCUCAAGAAUCUUGGUGUAACUCCAUGAAUAAGAGUAGAGAGCAUGGGUUCUUGGGUUUCAGGAAUACGACGAAUUCGUUUAUUUCGUGGAUAGACAAGAUGAAGGCAUUCAAGCUUGUUCCUUAUUAGCCUGUGUUUGACGAGGGAUCGGUUUGGGUUUAAUUAGCUUUUGUUUCCUUCAUCAGAACUGUCAAUCUGUGAAGGAGUUUAGUGACUUUUCUUCUUCUUGUCCGUAAAUUGUUGAUGUUCUUAUUGAGUCCAUGACAAAACAAAUGUUAUAGCCUAAAUCAAUGUGAAAGGGGAGGAGGUAGGUAGUGGGAUCGAAUGGAUGUGUGCAGGAGUAUAUGGC